CUGUGAGUGAACAGGAUUUAGUGAGACAUAAUGAACCAAGGGAUAGUCAUCACUUUGUGGCUCCAAUAACUCGGUCUUCAGUUGUAGGCGCCUCAAAUGCCACUACGAUGUCAGUGCACUCCUGCCCAACAUACCAGGGGACACAUGCUCCUUUGGGUGGACAAACUGCCUUUCCAACUCAAAUGUCAUCAUCUGCUGUGGAGAACUCUUCAGCUUUCCAGGAUUAUGGCCUUCAAGAGGGACAAGGGAGUUUAAAGAACGUAGGUGAGGCUCUUCAGCAUCAACAUCAGGCUCUUCAUAUGGGUAACAGCAUUAAAGAGAAAGGUGGAACUGAUUCUGGUAAAUGCUCCCAAUCUCUAGUUCCUGGGGGAGGUAACCCAUCCUCACAUGUGGAUCUAGAACCUUCUCAAUCAAGCAAAGUUGAAAAGGUCUCUCGUAAAAAGAAGUAUGAUCCAGAUGUUUUCUUCAAAGUUAAUGGAAAGCUCUAUCAAAAGCUUGGUAAAAUAGGCAGCGGAGGGAGCAGUGAAGUUCACAAAGUAAUAUCAGCCGACCGAAGUAUAUAUGCUCUUAAGAAGAUCAAACUUAAGGGUCGUGAUUACCCAACUGCAUAUGGAUUUUGUCAGGAGAUAGAGUAUUUGAACAAGUUGAAGGGAAAAAACAAUAUCAUCCAACUGAUUGACUAUGAGGUCACAGACAAAACUUUGCUUAUGGAGGUUGUGAAUGGCAGCAUGACGGUAAAGGAGGGGAGGAUUAAGGAUGAUGAGCACAUCUAUAUGGUGCUUGAAUAUGGAGAAAUUGAUCUGGCCCACAUGCUUUCACAAAAGUGGAAAGAGAUGGAUAGCUCAAACUGGAGAUUGGAUGAGAAUUGGCUGCGAUUUUACUGGCAGCAAAUGCUUGAAGCUGUGAACACUAUACACGAGGAGCGUAUUGUGCACUCAGACCUGAAACCUGCAAAUUUUCUACUUGUUAGAGGCUCAUUGAAGCUUAUUGACUUUGGCAUUGCUAAAGCCAUCUUGAGUGAUACAACCAACAUCCAGCGUGAUGCACAGGUUGGCACACUGAACUACAUGUCUCCAGAGGCAUUCAUGUGGAAUGAACAUGAUGCAAAUGGAAACACUAUCAAGUGUGGACGUCCUUCAGAUAUCUGGUCCCUUGGUUGCAUCCUCUACCAAAUGGUUUAUGGUAAGACACCAUUUGCAGAAUAUAAGACCUUCUGGGCCAAGUUUAAAGUCAUAACAGAUAGGAACCACGAAAUUGUAUAUGAGCCAGUCUCCAACCCAUGGCUCAUUGAUCUGAUGCGUAGAUGUCUUGCAUGGGACCGGAAUGAGAGGUGGCGGAUACCUGAGCUACUUCGGCACCCAUUCCUUGUUCCUCCAUUACCAGAGGAACUUCCUCUCCCUCAAGACCAUCCUUGUAGAUUACUUAUGCAGAAGGUUCAACUGUUUUGGAAUGAACCCAAAGUAUCUCAGUUGUGUUCUGAACUGCAUAUGAUUGUUGAAAACCUUAAACAAGCAUCAGACCUAACCAGGCACGCAUGACAAGAAUGCCAGCUUGCUUGAUGCUUACGAUGCGUUAUUACGGAAUGGUUUUCUUCUGUCAAAUAUAGGGUUCUGUUGCUUGUACUGCUUUUUAUUUCAACCUAUUGUUUCCAGUAAUCUUUUUUUAAUUAGAGAGUUACCAUGGAGGAAAAUAUUUGAUAUUAACCAAUUUUCUUUAUG